UCCCGCGCCGCCGGCUGCGGGCGGAGCUUUGCGAAGACCGACUCCGGGCAGUCAGACGGCGGCGGUCUUGGGAGGCACCGGCGCGAGUGCGAGCCCCUCCUCACCCCCCGCAGGCGCCAUCGCCGGCCCUUCGUUGCGCCCCGGUCCCCUGCGCUGCCGGGCCCGCGAUGCGGGAGCGGGCCGCUGCGUGAUGGGGCUGCGAAGAGGUGCCCUGCGGCUCGCGGCGGCCGCUGCUCGCGCUGAGGAGCGUCGGUGCUCGGCCCCCCGCGCCCCCGCACGCCGCGGCGCCUGCUGACCCGGCCGGCCGGCCCGCCUGACCGCCCGUCAGUCCCCAGCGCGGCUGAGGAAACUUGAACAUAAAUUUAAAAGAAGACUGAUUCUUUCUUUCUGGACUGCAUAUAUAUAUAACAAGACCAUCCAUCAGAAUGUCGGGAGCCUCAGUGAAGGUGGCUGUCCGUGUGCGGCCCUUCAACUCUCGAGAGACCAGCAAAGAGUCCAAGUGCAUCAUUCAGAUGCAAGGCAACUCGACCAGUAUCGUUAACCCAAAGAACCCAAAGGAAGCUCCGAAGUCCUUCAGCUUCGACUACUCCUACUGGUCUCACACCUCGCCGGAAGAUCCCUGUUUUGCAUCUCAAAGCCGUGUGUACAAUGACAUUGGAAAGGAAAUGCUCUUACAUGCCUUUGAGGGAUAUAAUGUCUGUAUUUUUGCCUAUGGGCAGACUGGUGCUGGGAAGUCUUAUACCAUGAUGGGUAAACAAGAAGAAAGCCAGGCUGGCAUCAUUCCACAGUUAUGUGAAGAGCUGUUUGAAAAAAUCAAUGACAACUGUAAUGAAGAAAUGUCCUACUCUGUAGAGGUGAGCUACAUGGAAAUUUACUGUGAAAGAGUGCGAGACUUGCUGAAUCCAAAAAACAAGGGUAAUUUACGUGUACGCGAACACCCACUUCUUGGCCCAUACGUUGAGGAUCUGUCAAAGUUGGCAGUCACUUCCUACACAGACAUUGCUGACCUCAUGGACGCCGGGAACAAAGCCAGGACAGUGGCAGCUACCAACAUGAAUGAAACAAGUAGCCGUUCCCACGCUGUGUUUACAAUUGUUUUCACCCAGAAGAAACAUGAUACUGAGACCAACCUCUCCACUGAGAAGGUCAGUAAAAUCAGCUUGGUGGAUCUAGCAGGAAGCGAACGAGCUGAUUCAACUGGUGCCAAAGGGACUCGAUUAAAGGAAGGAGCAAAUAUUAAUAAGUCUCUUACAACUCUGGGCAAAGUCAUUUCAGCCUUGGCGGAGGUGGACAACUGCACCAGCAAGAGUAAGAAGAAGAAGAAAACUGAUUUUAUUCCCUACAGGGAUUCUGUGCUUACUUGGCUCCUUCGAGAAAAUCUAGGUGGCAAUUCUCGGACCGCAAUGGUUGCUGCUCUGAGCCCAGCAGAUAUCAACUACGACGAAACUCUGAGCACUCUGAGAUAUGCAGAUCGUGCAAAACAAAUUAAAUGCAAUGCCGUUAUUAAUGAGGACCCCAAUGCCAAGCUUGUCCGAGAACUAAAGGAGGAGGUGACUCGACUGAAGGACCUUCUUCGUGCUCAGGGCCUGGGAGAUAUCAUUGACAUUGACCCAUUGAUCGAUGAUUACUCUGGAAGUGGAGGCAAAUAUCUGAAAGAUUUUCAGAACAAUAAGCAUAGGUACUUGCUAGCCUCUGAGAAUCAACGCCCUGGCAAUUUCUCCACAGCAUCCAUGGGGUCCCUUACUUCAUCUUCAUCUUCCUGCUCACUCAGUAGUCAGGUGGGCUUGACAUCUGUGACCAGUAUUCAGGAGAGGAUCAUGUCUACACCUGGAGGGGAGGAAGCCAUUGAACGUCUAAAGGAAUCAGAGAAGAUCAUUGCUGAAUUGAAUGAAACCUGGGAAGAGAAGCUGCGCAAAACAGAAGCCAUCAGAAUGGAGAGAGAGGCCUUGUUGGCCGAGAUGGGAGUUGCCAUUCGGGAAGAUGGAGGAACUCUGGGGGUUUUCUCACCUAAAAAGACCCCACAUCUUGUUAACCUCAACGAAGACCCGCUGAUGUCGGAAUGCCUGCUUUAUUACAUCAAAGAUGGAAUUACAAGGGUCGGCCAAGCAGAUGCUGAGCGGCGCCAGGACAUCGUGCUGAGUGGGGCUCACAUUAAAGAAGAGCAUUGUAUCUUCCGCAGUGAGAGAAGCAACAGUGGGGACGUUAUCGUGACUCUAGAGCCCUGCGAACGCUCAGAAACCUACGUAAAUGGCAAGAGGGUGGCCCAGCCUGUUCAGCUGCGCUCAGGAAACCGUAUCAUCAUGGGUAAAAACCAUGUGUUUCGUUUUAAUCACCCGGAACAAGCACGGGCUGAGCGGGAGAAGACUCCUUCUGCCGAGACUCCCUCCGAGCCUGUGGACUGGACAUUUGCCCAGAGAGAGCUUCUGGAAAAACAAGGAAUUGAUAUGAAACAGGAGAUGGAGAAAAGGUUACAGGAAAUGGAGAUCCUGUACAAAAAGGAGAAGGAAGAAGCAGAUCUUCUCUUGGAGCAGCAGAGACUGGACUAUGAGAGUAAAUUGCAGGCCUUGCAGAAGCAGGUGGAGACUCGAUCCUUGGCUGCGGAGACAACGGAAGAGGAAGAAGAGGAAGAAGAAGUUCCUUGGACACAACAUGAAUUUGAGCUGGCCCAGUGGGCCUUCCGAAAGUGGAAGUCUCACCAGUUCACUUCACUGAGGGACUUGCUCUGGGGCAACGCUGUGUACCUGAAGGAGGCCAACGCCGUCAGCGUGGAGCUGAAGAAGAAGGUGCAGUUUCAGUUUGUGCUGCUGACGGACACGUUGUAUUCCCCUUUACCUCCUGAACUACUUCCCACUGAGAUGGAAAAAACUCACAUAGACAGGCCUUUCCCUCGCACCGUGGUGGCAGUGGAAGUCCAGGAUCUGAAGAACGGAGCAACACAUUACUGGUCAUUGGAGAAACUCAAGCAGAGGCUGGAUUUGAUGCGGGAGAUGUAUGACCGGGCGGGGGAGAUGGCCUCCAGCGCGCAAGAGGAGAGCGAGACCACUCUGACGGGCAGCGAUCCGUUUUAUGAUCGGUUCCAUUGGUUCAAGCUCGUAGGGAGCUCCCCCAUUUUCCAUGGCUGUGUGAAUGAGCGCCUUGCCGACCGCACGCCCUCCCCCACUUUUUCCACGGCCGAUUCCGACAUCACUGAGCUGGCUGACGAGCAGCAAGAUGAGAUGGAGGAUUUUGAUGAUGAGGCAUUCGUGGAUGACACCGGCUCUGACGCAGGGACGGAGGAGGGAUCGGAUCUCUUCAGUGACGGGCAUGACCCGUUUUACGACCGAUCCCCAUGGUUCAUUUUAGUGGGAAGGGCAUUUGUGUACCUGAGCAAUCUGCUGUAUCCCGUGCCCCUGAUCCACAGGGUGGCCAUUGUCAGUGAGAAGGGCGAAGUGCGGGGCUUUCUGCGCGUGGCGGUACAGGCCAUUGCAGCGGAUGAAGAAGCUCCUGAUUAUGGCUCUGGAAUUCGACAGUCAGGAACAGCUAAAAUAUCUUUUGACAACGAGUACUUUAAUCAGAGUGACUUUUCUUCAGUUGCAAUGACUCGUUCUGGUCUGUCCUUGGAAGAGCUGAGGAUUGUGGAAGGACAGGGUCAGAGUUCUGAGGUCAUCACCCCUCCAGAAGAAAUCAAUCGAAUGAAUGACUUGGACUUGAAGUCAGGCACUUUGCUAGAUGGGAAGAUGGUAAUGGAAGGGUUUUCUGAAGAGAUUGGCAACCACCUGAAACUGGGCAGUGCCUUCACUUUCCGUGUGACGGUGUUACAGGCCAGCGGCAUCCUCCCCGAGUACGCGGAUAUCUUCUGCCAGUUCAACUUUUUGCAUCGUCAUGAUGAAGCGUUCUCCACUGAACCCCUCAAAAACAAUGGCAGAGGAAGUCCUCUGGGCUUUUAUCAUGUGCAGAAUAUUGCGGUGGAGGUCACGGAAUCGUUUGUGGAAUACAUCAAAACCAAGCCUAUAGUAUUUGAAGUCUUCGGGCAUUAUCAGCAGCAUCCACCUCACCUGCAAGGGCAGGACCUUAACAGUCCGCCUCAGCCAUCGCGACGAUUCUUCCCUCCGCCCAUGCCGCUCUCCAAGCCAGUUCCAGCCACCAAGUUGAACACCAUGAGCAAAACCAGCCUUGGCCAGAGCAUGAGCAAGUACGACCUCCUGGUUUGGUUUGAGAUCAGCGAACUGGAGCCGACGGGAGAGUACAUCCCAGCCGUGGUUGACCACACAGCCGGCUUGCCCUGCCAGGGGACAUUUCUGCUUCACCAGGGCAUCCAGCGAAGGAUCACAGUGACCAUUAUCCACGAGAAGGGAAGUGAGCUCCACUGGAAAGAUGUUCGUGAGCUGGUGGUAGGCCGGAUUCGGAAUAAGGCCGAGGUGGACGAAGCUGCCGUGGAUGCCAUCCUCUCCCUAAAUAUCAUCUCUGCCAAGUACCUGAAGUCGUCCCACAACUCCAGCAGGACCUUCUACCGCUUUGAGGCCGUGUGGGACAGCUCCCUCCAUAACUCCCUUCUUCUCAACCGAGUAACACCCUACGGGGAAAAGAUCUACAUGACCUUGUCGGCCUACUUAGAGCUGGACCAUUGCAUCCAGCCGGCCGUCAUCACCAAGGACGUGUGCAUGGUCUUCUACUCCCGGGACGCCCGGAUCUCGCCGCCGCGCUCUCUGCGCAGCCUCUUCGGCAGCGGCUACUCCAAGUCACCAGACGCCAAUCGAGUCACUGGAAUUUAUGAACUCAGUUUAUGCAAAAUGGCAGACACAGGUAGUCCAGGCAUGCAGAGGAGGAGAAGAAAAGUCUUGGAUACAUCAGUGGCGUAUGUGCGGGGAGAAGAGAACUUAGCAGGCUGGCGGCCCCGCGGAGACAGCCUCAUCCUGGAGCACCAGUGGGAGCUGGAGAAGCUGGAGCUCCUGCACGAGGUGGAGAAAACCCGCCACUUCCUGCUGCUGCGUGAGAGACUGGAUGACAGCAUCCCCAAAUCCCUGAGCGACUCGCUGUCCCCCAGCCUGAGCAGUGGGACCCUCAGCACCUCCACCAGCAUCUCCUCUCAGAUCUCAACCACCACCUUCGAGAGUGCUGUCACACCCAGUGAGAGCAGUGGGUACGACUCAGCGGACAUCGAGAGCCUGGUGGAUCGAGAGAAGGAGCUGGCCACCAAGUGCCUGCAGCUUCUCACCCACACUUUCAACCGGGAAUUCAGCCAGGUGCACGGCAGCAUCAGCGACUGUAAGUUGUCUGAUAUCUCUCCAAUUGGACGGGAUCCCUCGGUGUCCAGCUUCAGCAGCUCCACCCUCACGCCCUCCUCCACCUGCCCGUCUCUGGUAGACUCGAGGAGCAACUCUCUGGAUCAGAAGACCCCAGAAGCGAAUUCCCGGGCCUCUAGUCCCUGCACAGAAUUUGAACAGUUUCAGAUCGUCCCAGCUGUGGAAACACCCUAUUUGGCCCGAGCGGGAAAAAAUGAAUUUCUCAAUCUUGUUCCAGAUAUUGAAGAAAUUAGACCAGGCUCCGUGGUUUCUAAGAAAGGAUACCUGCAUUUCAAGGAGCCCUUUUCUAGCAACUGGGCUAAACAUUUUGUUGUGGUCCGUCGCCCUUAUGUCUUCAUCUAUAACAGUGACAAAGACCCAGUGGAACGUGGCAUUAUUAACCUGUCCACAGCUCAGGUUGAGUACAGCGAGGACCAGCAGGCCAUGGUGAAGGCACCUAACACCUUUGCUGUGCUCACAAAGCACCGCGGGGUCCUUCUGCAAGCCCUCAAUGACAAAGACAUGAACGACUGGUUGUAUGCCUUUAAUCCACUCCUUGCUGGCACAAUACGGUCGAAGCUCGCCCGCAGAUGCCCGAGCCAGCCCAAGUGCUGAGGGACUCUGCCGAGCGCCCCCACGCGCCUUCCGAGAGAUAAAGAAAGUGUUACCUCUCGUCUCUCUUUGUGAUUCUUGACGGUUACUCUUGUAUGUACUCCUGUGGCUUAACCCCUCCUCCCUCCUUGUCCAGCACUUUUUCUAGCUCCCGUCCCCAUAUCCAUUGCUCUGUGCUCUCUCUCUCUUCUCCUGUGCUGAGAAUCUUGUCAGUAGCAUGUGGCCUAACAAAAGGGGGGAAAAACAAAGCAAAACAAACAAAAAACCCAGAGGGAAAUCCAAUGAAUCUCCAAUUAUUUUUGGUAUAUUUGGCUUCCUUUUGUAUAAUAGGUCCCCAUUGUGACCACCUCUGAUGUCUGUACUGCUGUCUUUGGAUAUCUUUGUCUUUUUUUUUAAGACCGCAUAAUGCUUUUUUUCUUUUCUGUAUUCGUGCUAUCAGUUUAAUUUGUCUCGGGUGGCCUAGAGACAAAGGGAGGAAACAUCUGGCCUUUUCAGAACCUGAAAGGAAAAAAAACUUGACCUUUCCCCCUUCUGUUGCCUUUUUCCACCACUGGUUCCUGCUUUCCGUUCAGGGAGAAGGUUGUGGCGAGCUCAGCCGUGGGACAGGUCUGUCCUCUGAAGUUGGGGCUCGUUUAGAGAUGGCCGUGCGGUUUCCAGUUAGUGGCACAGAGCGGGGGAGAGGACUCGUCGGCAGGCCUGAGGCAGAGGCUGGCUGCUGGUGACCUUGUCAGAAGGGAGGAGCCAGGGUUUCCGGGGAGCGCAGGGUGUGGGGGGGGCAUGGACGGUCCUCGGGGUGCUAGUUAUGGCGCCCGGCAGGAUUCCGGUGAAUUGCGCCCCUCCCCUGGGAGGGAGCUACUUGGCUGUCUCCCCAUUCCGUUCCUGGCGUCGGGGAUGAUGUGCUACAGUGUGGAAGCAGCGCGGUGUCAUACACAGAUGUCCCACAAGGGGGAGUGUUUCGCUUUCUGAUGAGGAACUUGGCCACUGUUGCCCUUUUAAUUGUGGUAAUGCUGAGUAAUGACCUUGUGGUUGUUGUAGCUCCCUUCGAUCAAAGAAAUACAGCUUUCAAGUAUAAACUUGGAAGUCUCCUCUGAAUCCAGUGGUUAUUUGCAAUAAUCCUUGUCAAAUGGAAAGUACUUCCAGUGAUGCCUGUCCCCCCAUACUCACAAUGAGCAAACAUGGCAGGCUUUGCUUUCUGGACCCCAGGAUUAAAACCAGCGGCCUCCCACCACUGAAGUCAAAGCAAAAGCAUGUCUGGGGUAGAGAACAGGGCCCCCACCCGAGCCCUGGCCCCAGCGUUGUGUUGCUCGAGUCCCUCGGGCCUCUCCUGGGCUCUCUGUGUCGGGUGUGGCGCGUUGCCAGGGGAGGAAGGAGGGCGCUCAUAGUCCCCCCUGGCAGGACCGGGACAGCUGCUUCCACAAGCCAUCGUGGAAGAUGCUUUUCUCCUUUCAGCUGCCAGCAAGUUGUCCAGCAGCAGCACGGAGAGGAGAAGGCCUCCAAGGUACUUGAGUUGCUCUGCCAGUUAGUGGACGUGGGUUGUUCUUACCGUCCUUUUCCUCCCCUGCUCGGACCACCGGUCGGGCGGUCAGGACAGGACCUGCUUGUUCCCACUCUGGAGGCCGAGGGUCCUAAGCCUUGAGGUUCCUGGCGCUCAGGUGCUGGGGAACUGGUGGCUGUGCUUCAGGCAGCGGAGGGCAAGGGCCGUGCACCCUGCAGGGGAGUUGCUGGGCUCACCGCAGAACAGGGCUCCCGGCGGUACGCACUGUGAUUGCCUUGCGGGGCGG